UCCACUUUGCGUCCUGUUCACGAACUUCGCUCGGGAAUUAUCACAACAACUGCACGAUAAAUAAUUGAAAAACUGUGCAAACAAACGUUCGUCUGUUCAAUCAAGAAAUCGGUGAUUUCUGUCCUGAAGAUUUCCGCGAUGUUGAUCAAUUUGAGGGCAUUUUUGUGGGGAAUUUGGGGGUAAUUCGGGGAUUUAAAUUAAUGGGCACUUCAGCAGUUGGGGGAGAGUGUCAGUGGAUUGUUAACAAUGGUUCAUUCGGUGGGAGCAAUAUGAUAAGAAGUAACGGAUUCUUCGGGGUUAUUUAUGAGCGUUUGAUAUGGGUCUGGAGAACUUCCAGACUCCAGGCCUACUAAUUCAUCGGGAGCGAAAGGAGAUUGAAGUGAAGGUUGGUUCAAAGGGGUUUGAGGAUUUUAACGUGUUGGGAGUGAUUUUCAACGGGGGUUUGGAGAUACCUGAUGCAUUUUUGGAUUAAUAAACCUGCCGGGAGAUCCCAUGUGAUUGGGGGGUGCAGGAGGGGGACGUAUCACGCCGCUGCUGCAGCGGUCACUGCAUCCUCGUUACCGGCUUCUAUACCGUUAUUGAAGACUCGAGGGCAGCUAGGAGGGAGAAGAGACUGCCUAGGAGGUGGAUCCAUGAUUUCGCCUCAUCGACCCAGCACCAAUUGGAUUGUCAACUCCAGUACCGGAGAGCAACGCAGAAUUGAGCAGGUUCGAUGUCAAGGACAUUCGAGGAGAACUGAAGAGACUGGGAGGAACAAUCGGCGUGGCCAACAAACAAAUACAAUUUCCCAUCUUGUGACGACUUCUGCUCAACCUCGCAGGGUCAUCUCCAGCGAUCCCAACGCAAAUGGAGCCAUUCUGGAAUUUCCGGAAAUGAGAGAUGCUGAGUUGGCGGGCUAUAGACUUCGAUGUGGCGUAUGGAUCACUUUCGUCCUUGCGUCUGGUUUUGUGUCAAUUGCUAAAUUUUAUUUCGGAAAUAGACCGGACACUGGUCCCGACGUUUUAAUAUUCUGCGGACUCCUACUAACUCUACUGAUAUCUGGAUGUUUUUUUACAAUAACUCGACGUGCGAGAAAUGCCGAGAGAAAUCAGAACAAUCAUCAAGAGGUCUGCCCUCAUCACGUCUGUUAUUACGCUGUUAAUUCAGCUGAGUUGAGACCCCAAGUGCAAACACUGAGAGUCCCAAUGCCAGCCCCAACACCUCCACCUAUAUCUCCAUCACCUCCACCCUAUCAUAUUGCUAUACUCAUUCCACAAGCUGAGCCUCCAGACGUUGAGGCACCUCCCCCGUCUUACGAUAAGGCCACGGGGCACACCGGGACCACUAGUGUCUCGGAAUAGUUGUGAUGCGAUGAGAUAAUUAUGUAUUGAAGUGGUUGAACUUCAUCGAAAAGUCGAGGUGUCUGUUAUUUUCAUAAUUAUUUCGGGAAUGAGUGGCAGUAGAGGAAAAUGUCAAUCAGCCUUUCUGUAGCUGAGAGAAUUUGCCACAAAAAGUACUCUCAUAUUUUCAGGCCAGAAAGACAUUAAGGCCCUUGUUUUCUUAUUUUGAUUAUUUUUCCAACCCAAAUAUCGGGCAAUAUAAUUGGCCCAUUCGACAUC